ACAACAAAUAAAAAUAAAAUAAAACAAACCAAACCAAAAAGUUUCCCUGGUUUGGUGAGUUGUGCGAAAUCGAACGCUUUCUCAUUCAUUCUCUGCUUUGCUUUUCUUUGUUAAAUUUGAUCUGCUCAAAUCCAACUUUAUCAUUAAGAUCUGUAAGUUAAUUAACUCAUUAAUUAUUCUUGCUCUUAUAAUUCAGCUUUAAUCCAAUGUUCUGAUUCUCCAAUUCUAAUGCAUUGAAUUCAACGUUGUGAGAUCUUAUAAACUCCAGAUCUUGAUUUCUAUGAUGCUUUGAUUUUCGGAUCUCUAGGGUUUGGCUAGAAUUAUACAGCUCCAAUUUUUUUGUUCAUUUUUGGAGGUUUAGCUGUGAAUUAGUUAUAAAGUCGGAGAUAAUUUUGUUGAAGAUUUUUUAGGUUUUUAUUAAUCUUUAGAUGGCUGGAAAUCCUCCAUUCUAUGCGAUGGAGGAUCAGACGGAUGAGGAUUUCUUUGAUAAAUUAGUUGACGAUGAUUUUGGUCCAACCAUUAAUCCCGAUUCUGCCCCGACUGCCGACGUCGGUGGGGGUAGUGAUUCUGAUGAGGCGGCCAAAGCAUUUGCUAAUAUGAGUAUCGACGAUGCCGGCGGCGGUGGAGGCGGUGUGGAGGAGAAAGGCUGUGAAAUAGAUCCGGUGCAGGAUAGUUUAGGAUUAUCUGGUGGUUUACAUGUAGGAGAAGAGAGUAAUAGUAAUGCAUUGGAAUCGGUGAACUCCUUGGGGUCUGACAGUGUUAAAUUGAAUAAAGAUGAUGGCGGUGGUGUCGGAUCAGAGGUUCUGUUGGAUACCGUGGUAAGUGGUAGUAUUGAAUCGGAUAAAUCGGGGAUUAAAGAGGUUGGAUGGAGUUCUUUUUAUGGAGAUUCUUUACCAAAUGGGAAUCACGAAUUUGGUUCGUAUUCUGAUUUUCUUAGUGAGUUGGGUAAUAAUUCAGAGGAUUUUCCUGCGAAAGUUGCAGAAACAGCUAAUUUAGAAAAGAAAUACGAUGGCGGUGAAGGGUUGGGUAAUUCGGUUAGUUAUGGGGAAUAUCAAGAGGUUGCACAGAGUUCUGGAGGGUCUAAUGGAGAAAGCGUAAAUUGUCAGGAUACAAAUAACAGCCAGUACUGGGAGAACAUGUAUCCUGGUUGGAAGUAUGAUGCCAACACAGGGCAGUGGUAUCAUGUGGAUAGUUUUGAUACGGCAGCAAAUGUGCAAGGGAGUUUUGAUGCUAAUGCAGGGAAUGAAUGGGCAGCAGUUUCUGAUGAGAAAACAGAGAUGAAUUAUUUGCAGCAGGCUUCACAAUCUGUGGUAGCAACUGUGGCUGAGACUAGUACAUCCGAUAGUAUAUCUACUUGGAAUCAGGUUUCACAGGGAGCUAACAAUGGUUACCCAGAACAUAUGGUUUUUGACCCGCAAUAUCCUGGUUGGUAUUAUGACACAGUUGCACAAGAAUGGCGCUCUCUAGAUAGCUACACAGCAUCUGUUCAAUCAACAACCAGCAACAAUCAUGGUCAGCCGAGACAGAAUGAAUUGGCUUUUAGUGAUUCAUAUUCCCAAAACAGUAACAGUAUUUAUGGUGGAUAUGGGCAAGCUGAUAAGCAUGGGUCAGUUGGCUAUGUUAGGCAAGGGCAGCAUGGUAGCUGGCGUGAUUCUUAUGAUAACUCCACUCCGGGAGGUUUGAGUAUGUGGAAGCAUGCCUCUGCCCCUAAGACGGAUAACGUUUCAAAUUUUAAUGGAAAUCAACUAGUGCAGAAUGCCUAUGAUUCUAAUGUGUCCAUGACCAAUAUGGCAGAACAGAAGAAAUCUUUCAACUCUUUGGGGAGAGUUCCAUCAUAUGAAAAUGUGAGACAGGGUCACAUGGAGGCUAAUGGGUUUGCUGGGUCACAUAAUUUUAUAUCUAGUGGCAACUUUGGUCAGCAGUAUAAUCAGGGACAUUUGAACCAUGGUCAACAAAUGGGUAUGUCAAAUGAUUACUUUGACAGUCAGAAUUCUGUAAAUAUUGCCCAGCAACCAUUUCAAAGCAGCCAGCAGUUUUCUUAUGCUUCCAACACAGGCAUGUCGUCUGCCGGACGUCCUCCCCAUGCUUUAGUUACAUUUGGAUUUGGUGGAAAACUCAUAGUAAUGAAAGAUAAUCGUUCAAGUUCUCUUGCAAAUUCAUCAUUUGGAAGCCAGGAACCUGCAGCAGGCUCAAUAUCUGUUCUGAACAUGAUGGAGGUUCUCUCUGGGAAUGCUAACAAUGGAGGGAGCUCUUGUAAUUAUUUCCGUGCUCUCUGCCAACAAUCCUUUCCAGGUCCACUGGUGGGUGGGAAUGUUGGAACUAAAGAGUUGAAUAAGUGGAUUGAUGAGAGGGUUGCUAAUUGCGAAACAUCAGACGUGGAUUAUAGAAAAGCUGAAAUGCUAAAAUUGUUGCUUUCUUUGCUUAAAAUAGCUUGCCAACAUUAUGGAAAACUUCGAUCCCCUUUUGGUACUGAUGCUUCUGUGAAGGAAAGUGACUCUCCAGAAUCAGCAGUUGCCAAACUCUUUGCAUCUGUCAAGAGGAAUAGCACUCAAUUGAAUGAUUAUGGUGCUUUUACUAACUGCUUGCAGAGUUUGCCAUCUGAAGGACAACUUCGGGCAACUGCUUCUGAGGUACAAAAUCUUCUGGUUUCUGGUAGAAAAAGAGAGGCUUUACAGUGUGCUCAAGAAGGCGAGAUGUGGGGACCUGCACUUGUGCUUGCAUCGCAGCUUGGUGAUCAGUUCUAUGUUGAUACUGUCAAGCAAAUGGCACUUCGCCAGCUGGCAGCUGGAUCACCUUUGCGCACAUUAUGCCUGCUAAUUGCAGGGCAACCAGAAGCUGUAUUUUCCACUGAUUUCGGAGCUGAUAGUGGCAUUCCGGGUGCCAUGACUCAACAACCUAACCAGUUUGGGGCAAAUGGCAUGCUUGAUGACUGGGAGGAGAAUUUGGCUGUUAUAACUGCAAACAGAACUAAAGACGACGAGCUUGUGAUUAUACAUCUUGGUGAUUGCCUAUGGAAGGAUAGAAGUGAGAUCAUCGCUGCACAUAUCUGCUAUUUAGUAGCUGAAGCAAACUUUGAAUCAUAUUCAGACAGUGCAAGACUGUGUCUUAUUGGAGCAGACCACUGGAAGCAACCUCGAACUUAUGCUAGUCCAGAAGCUAUUCAGAGAACUGAGUUGUAUGAGUAUUCAAAGGUGCUUGGCAACUCCCAGUCUAUCCUGCUACCAUUUCAGCCAUAUAAGCUGAUAUAUGCAUACAUGCUGGCUGAAGUUGGUAAAGUUUCUGAUUCGCUAAAGUAUUGUCAGGCUAUAUUAAAAUCUCUAAAAACUGGUCGAGCACCAGAAUUAGAAACAUGGAAGCAAUUAGUAUUAUCCCUCGAGGAAAGGAUUAGAGCCCAUCAACAGGGUGGAUACACAGAAAAUUUGGCUCCAGCAAAGUUGGUAGGUAAAUUGCUCAACUUUUUUGAUAGUACUGCCCAUCGUGUUGUUGGUCUACCGCCGCCUGGACCAUCAGCAUCACAAGGAAGCAUACAAGGUAAUGAGCAUUAUCACCAAUCAAUGGGGCAUAGGGUGUCAGCUAGUCAAUCAACAAUGGCAAUGUCAUCACUGAUGCCUUCUGCUUCGAUGGAGCCCAUAAGUGGAUGGGCAGCUGAUGGUAACAGAAUGUCGAUGCAUAACAGAAGUGUUUCUGAGCCAAAUUUUGGGAGAACUCCAAUACAGGAGGAAUCACCAAAGGAAGGAACCUCAUCUAGCUCACAAGGCAAAACAGUAGGCUCAGGUGCAGCAUCUCGUUUGCCUCGUUUCAGUUUGGGUUCACAGAUUUUCCAAAAGACAGUGGGGCUAAUGUUAAGAUCCCGCGCAGAUAAACAGGCUAAGUUGGGUGAAAAGAACAAAUUUCAUUAUGAUGAGAAGCUUAAGAGAUGGGUGGAGGAGGGUGUUGAACCCCCAGCUGAAGAAGCAGCUCUACCUCCUCCUCCAACAACUUCAUCCUUCCAGAAUGGUAUGUCUGACUACAACUUGAAAUCUGCGCUGAAAAGUGACGGAUCUCCUCCUAAUGGGAGUCCAACAUUCAGAACUCCUACUCCCAUGGAGCAUUCUUCAGGGAUUCCACCUAUUCCAUCAAGUUCAAAUCAGUUUUCAGCUCGUGGACGGAUGGGUGUAAGGUCAAGGUACGUGGACACUUUUAACCAAGGAGGUGGAAACUCGGCCAAUCUGUUCCAUUCGCCUUCUGUUCCGUCUACCAAACCUGCUGUUUCUACAAAUGCGAAGUUUUUUGUUCCAACCCCUCUAUCUAGUGAAAAUGUGCUCCAAACUGUAGCAGAAAAUGUGCAAGAAAGUGCAGGAUUUGCUGAAAAUACUUCAGUGCCUGCUGAUAACUCUUUCCAAUCUCCCCCAUCUGUUCCGAGAAUGAAUAUACAAAGGUAUCCAAGCAUGGAUAAUAUGGCAAGAAAUGGAAAUACCGUAAAUGGCAGUAUCCCGAUGCCAUCACACUCUCGACGAACAGCCUCAUGGAGUGGAAGCUUUAAUGAUUCACUUAGCUCUCCUAAUAUGACGGAAACCAAAACUUUAGGAGAGGCACUGGGCAGGCAUCCACCGCCAUUCAUGCCUGCUGAUCCUUCUACGACUCGCAAGCCGCCAACUAACGAUGGCAGUGAGGGAGGAGAUGACCUACAUGAUGUGGAGCUUUAGGAGAGUAAUGAAGAUGUAAAUACCAAGUUUUGUUCCUUGUGACUAGCACAACAACGAGUGUUAUCAUGCACAUCUCAAACGAGGCAAAACGUUCGUACCGGCCUCGGGAUUCAGCAAAGCAAGCAAGCAAGCAAGCAAAAUAUAGAAAUAUUUUUUCUUUCUUUUCAAAAUUUCCCAAUUCAGGUACGGUUCCUCCCAAAAUGUAAGUGGAAAUGUGGUUGGCAUAUAUUUUACUAUGUUUGAAUGUUAGUACAGAGUUGCAACCAUGUGUAAUCUGAGGAGCUGGUUUUUGUUUUUCAUCUUUUAACUACAAAAAGAAGAAAAAGCCUGAUUGGGCGGUGAUGUACAGUUAGUUACUUUAAAAUUUGUUCAUUUGUUGAAA